AGCGACUGUAACAAACAGAAGCCCGAAGAGCGAGCUAGGCGGGCGUUCUGAUUAGCGCGCUGGGACAAAGUAAAAGAAUCUUGGGAGGCUGAACGUUCCAAAGUCGUUACAUUCCAGGGACGGAGCAGCAGCAACAGGCAGCAGCCCGAGGGGCGCUUUCUCACGGAGGCGGUGGAUCUUCCAGCCCUUGUUGAGCGAGGGCGAAGAGGAGGCGAAGGACGGGGGGGUUUAAACUGGGGACCGAGAAAAUGAAUCGGAGUUUUAACAAAUCUCAGAGUCUGCGGUAUUGUGCUUAUAGCGCGGUGGAAGUAAAAAGUAAGUUUGGUGCAGAAUUUCGAAGAUUUUCUCUGGAUCGUUACAAACCAGGAAAAUUUGAAGACUUCUACAAACUUAUCCUUCACAUCCACCAUAUAUCCAACAUGGAAGUAAUGAUUGGAUAUGCAGAUAUACAUGGGGAUCUUCUGCCUAUUAAUAAUGAUGACAACUUCUUCAAAGCUGUUUCAAGUGCAAACCCUCUACUUAGGAUUUUUAUACAAAAGCAAGAUGAAGCAGAUUAUGGUAACUUUGGAUCAAAUACUUUAACUAGAAAGAAGAAAGCUUUGGUGACCCUCCGAAAUGACAACCUUCGCAGACGCCCCCAUGUUAACAUCAGCAUGCCUCAGGAUUUUAGGCCGGUGUCCUCCAUCAUUGAUGUGGAUAUUCUGCCUGAAACUCAUAGAAGGGUAAGAUUAUAUCGACAUGGAUGUGAGAAGCCACUAGGAUUUUACAUCCGUGAUGGGACAAGUGUAAGAGUAACUCCUCAUGGGCUGGAAAAAGUCCCUGGCAUUUUCAUCUCACGAAUGGUUCCCGGUGGUUUAGCUGAGAGUACAGGCUUGCUAGCAGUUAACGACGAAGUCCUGGAAGUGAAUGGCAUAGAAGUGGCAGGAAAAACUCUUGACCAGGUAACAGACAUGAUGAUUGCCAACAGCCACAAUCUUAUCAUCACUGUCAAGCCAGCGAACCAACGGAACAAUAUUAUCAGAAGCAGUCGGAUGUCUGGCAGUUCGGGCCAGUCCACAGACAGCACGGCAAGUCACCACAGUUUGCCUUCCUCUCACAUCCUGCAGAACUUCCACCCUGAUGAAAUGGAAAGCGACGAGGACGCUGACAUUGUAAUCGAGGGCUGUCUGGAACCACAGCCCAUUCCAAAAUCACACAGCCUUCCUUCUGGUAGCCUUUCCCGUAUUAAUGGCAACAGUCUUAGCCACAGACUGCAGAGGGAUCUGAUACUCAACAACAGCUUGGGACGACAAAGCAAUGGCAAUAUUCAUAAACUUCUAAGCUCCUUAAAAACUGAUCCUCGUCAUAGCUUGGUUAUUCCGAAAGGUGGCAUAGAAGAGGAUGGAACAGUGAUAACACUUUAGCGGGUGAUUGUCUAUAUUGUUUCUAGUCUGAAGUGCCAACUGGAACAAAUGUAUCCACAUAUGGAAGAAAGAGAACAUUAAAUCUCAUAGACUUUCUGAUGUCUGAAACAGGUGUUGCUUUCCGGGAAGGAUGAUUUUCAUGAUUGGACAUACGGAUGUCACCUAUUACAUCCCAUAAAAGAGUGUAAAUAAAAGAGGUUCAGAAUGAGAGAAGAGAGAAAUGAAUAUUUUUUAAAUCCCACGAAAAUACUCUGGCUGAGUUACAGGAAAUAGGAUGCAUACAGAAAAACUAGACAUUUCCUGCAUGUAUGAAGGUACUCUGCCUGCAUACAUGCAAUGGUUUAUAUCAGCUUUCUCUAACAAGGUACCCUUGCAGAUGUGUUGGACUACAACACCUAUGUACAGCCUGAGAUGAUGGGAGCUGUAAUCUAACACAUUUUGGGGGUCACCACAUUGGGAGAAGUUAGUUUACAUUUUGGUAAGGAAUAACACCACAGCAAAUCUGGAGCGGCCAUUCAUAAAUUAUAAUUUGGAGAAAAUUACUAUUAAAUAUAUUGCAUUUUAAGAAUUAUUUUCUACCCAUAGAUACUGUUCCCUAAUUUCUUUAAAAAGAAAAUGUUAUAAUAUUGUACCUAAAGCUGAGAAGGGAUGCCCAAAGGAACAGCUUCCUACCCUGGCAAGUGUUUUUGGCAUGCUACAUUUACCUUUUCUUUUGGGGGGGGGCAAAUUUGACCAAAUGAUUUUUGUUUUGUAUUUUUUUAAAGUGGGAUAGAAAUGGAUAUUGUUGGCAUUUGUUUUCCAUUUUCCUUUCUUUCUCGAUCUGCUCCACCUGCUGGUUACCGGUAGUACUGUCUGAAUAAACUAUAUCUUUGUGUAUGUUGUAUGUGAAAACCAGGCAGCCCAGAGGCUCGUUUAAUUAAUGCACCACCAUAAUGUGUGAUGUGCGUUCUCUUUUUAGUACUAAAAUAUUUAUUAGCAGAUAUUUCAAUUGGUUUCACUAUCUGAUCUUGGUUAACAGUACUUAAUAAGGAAAUAAAUAAUGGAAUUCUUAGGCACAUAUUAUGCCCAUGUUCUAAGAAACUAUGAGAAAUUCAUCAAAAUUUGUCUUACUGUUUAGAAUUAACUUGGAUCCACAGAGUCUUUAAUGAUGAAAGCCAGUCACUCUUUUUUGGUACAUAUUAUUUGAUUUCCUAAUCUAGUUAUUGUUUUUCCUGAGAAUCUAAAAUGCUACAGUUUGGCAACAUAUUAAAAGUUUUUAUCAAGGUUUUUUUCUUAGGUUGUCAUGAUCACAAUUAGCUAUAAAAUAAUCAAUUAGGACACAAUCCAUGCAUGCUUUGACAGGAAACAGUCUACAACUCCCAACAUCCUGAGAUAGAAUGGCUAUCUACAUAUGCAUAAGAUUGUGUCUUUACAGAUUAUUCUAGAAAUAACGUUUUGCUCCCAGCUCUGCUUUUAUGUUCCAUAAAAAUCCACAAAUUUUUAAAAUAGUUCAAUAGAAAAAAUUGAAUAUAUUCAUGAGAUGUCUAGGAAUAAAAUAUAAUUGUUUUACAAUGUAUUUUUCUACUUUUAGCUUUGUCAUUUUCUUGUUUUUUUACAGUGUAGUAUUGUAUAUU